AUAUAUAACCUGGGGAGGAAAUAAGGGGAUAGACGAACCGUCCUCGCUACGCCGUACCAGCCAUGGACAGUAACAAUAGUCUAGUGGACUCGGUUGUAAAUAUUGUGUUCUGUAAAGACCGUGAUGAGUGUCCUGAGCCAACAAAAGCAAAAGUGCAAGGCCAGAUACCAAAAUGGUUGAAGGGAACUCUUCUUCGUAACGGUCCAGGAAAACAUUCUGUUGGGGAAAUGUCGUACAACCACUGGUUCGAUGGACUUGCUUUAUUGCACAGCUUUACUUUUAAAGACGGUGAAGUUUACUACAGAAGUAGAUUCCUGCGCAGCGACACCUACACCUCCAAUAUGGAGGCCAAUAGAAUAGUGGUUUCAGAAUUUGGGACCAUGGCUUAUCCAGACCCCUGCAAAAAUAUCUUCUCCAAAGCCUUCACAUACCUGUCGCAUGUGGUGCCCGAGUUCACAGACAACUGCCUAAUCAAUAUCAUAAACUAUGGGGAUGAUUUCUAUGCUUCCUCUGAAACCAACUUCAUCAGGAAGAUUGAUCCUGAGACCCUAGAGACGCUAGAAAAGGUAGACUACAUGAAAUAUGUAACCGUAAACCUGGCCACUUCACACCCCCAUUACGACAAUGCUGGAAAUACCAUAAACAUGGGCACCUCGAUUGGUGAUAAAGGGAAGACAAAGUAUAUGGUUUUUAAGGUUCCUCCUGCUAAUAUAGACACAGAGAAAAAGAAGUCUCCGCUGAAAAAUGCAGAAGUCCUCUGCUCCAUUCCUGCCCAUCGAAUGCUGAGUCCCAGUUAUUAUCACAGCUUCGGAAUGACUGAAAACUACAUUGUGUUUCUGGAGCAGCCCUUGAAGCUAGAUAUAAUGAAAAUGGCCACAGCCUACUUCAGAGGAGUCAACUGGGCUUCAUGCAUCGCCUUCCAUGGAGACGAGAAGACAUGGAUUCACAUUAUCGAUAAAAGAAGUAAAAAGCCAGUGGCCCAGAAGUUUUACACAGACGCCCUGGUGGCUUACCACCACGCCAACGCAUACGAAGAAGACGGGCAUAUAGUAUUUGAUAUCGUCACUUACAAGGACAACAGCUUGUAUGAUAUGUUUUAUAUGGCAAAUAUAAAGAAGGGUCUAUCCGAAGACGCCGUGCUGACCUCGAUACCUACCUGCAUGCGCUAUGUUAUUCCACUGCAGCCAGACAAGAAUGCAGAAGAAGGAGCCAAUCUGGUGAAACUUCCAUCGACAACCGCAAGUGCCGCAAAAGAUAAAGACGGAAAUAUAUCCUGCCAUCCGGAACUCCUAUGUGAAGGAAUCGAGCUGCCGAGGAUCAACUACAAUUACAAUGCCAAAAAAUACAGAUAUGUGUAUGCGUCACAUGUCGAAUGGAGGCCGAUUCCCACCAAGAUUGUGAAAUUUGAUACUGUAACAAAGGACAUGCUGGUCUGGACGGAAGACAUGUGCUGGCCUGCUGAGCCUCUGUUUAUACCGCACCCAGAUGCCAAAGAAGAAGAUGACGGAGUUAUACUGUCUUCCAUUGUGUCAACUGACCCAAACAAGUCCCCUUACCUGCUUAUACUGGAUGCAAAAACAUUCAAGGAGUUGGGACGUGCUAGUGUCGAUGCCAGCAUCCACCUCGACCUGCAUGGAAUCUUCUUACCGGAAAAGAAUUCAUCAGCGUGACCUACAUUUUGAGAUAAAGCAGCACUUAAUUCGACAGGUUGGCCAUAAACCCUGAAGUCUCUCUAAUCAAUUCUACUCCUGUCUUCCGUUACUGUUACAUGGAUACCUCAAAACAGAAUGACAGCUUCAGACCACUGAGAGCCGUCUCGUUAUCAAAACAGCACAAGGACAGAUCUAAUAAUUAUUGUAAUUCCAUUAACUGGAAAAAAAAGUUAUAUUCUCUGCAUUAGAAAUGACAGAAGGCAGAGAAAUUUGGUUCAGACCACAACAAGCUACAGCGAAAGCCACGUAAAAAUAUCUUAGGGCAAUAAGGGAAAUAUUCAGAUGCAGUUCAGAAGUUAAGGAAUUUGUAGUUCUAAGCAUUCCGUGCAAAAAAAGUGAAAAAAAAUUAUAAGAACACGCGCUGAUCGGGUAGAUCUUAUGUAUUUUACUGCCAUUAACAUGAAAUACCUGUAACUAUGGGCAAUGGGUCUAAUACCAGCAGAUCCCAUUCCCCUCACUUAUGACGAGUGUUGUUAUUAAGAAAUAUGGAAUUCAGACCACAAACAGUCGCCAGGAUUACAUUACAAAUUUGAAGAGACACCCAUAGUAAUUCUUCCAGCAGUUGUGGUAGAGGGAAAUACAGCGAGGGAACUUGCAAGAUGAUACCAAGGGCUGAGUUUGAGUCUUUACAUGGGGAAGACCAGAUGAUCAAAGGGAUCCAUAGUCAAAUUCUCUGUAUUUUCCUUCUGAUUUUCAUGGAGCGCAGUAUGCAUUUCAAAGAUUCACUGCUCUGAAAAGGAACAAGGAAACACUGCUAUACAUUAAUCAUGUUUCUGUAAUUAGAAUGGUGCGCUUACCUAUGCAAAUGAUGGCGUGAUUUAAAUAAGAUAUAGAUCAUGUCCAAUACGCAUCAAAUACAUAAACCCCAAGAAUGGUCUGGGGGCCUAAGGAAUGCCUAGUAUGUUUUAGCCCUUCCAGGGGUAUUAGCACUAGAGCUAAUGAGACUGCAGAACACGGGGAGGUUAUAAGUACCGGUGACAUUACUCGGUUUAGUUCUUGUUUUUGCCCAUAGAGGCAUCGAGAUCAUUAAGCGUACAUCCCAAGUGACCAUUCUUGCUUAUCCAGGUUGGAUUUGCCAAGUUGAUGGUAUGCAUGUCACCAAAACCUUCAUUUCAGGGAUUCUACUUCCUCUUAUAACGUACACAGGAUUUUGUAAUAUAUGUCUAAUUUAUGAAUUAAACUAAUACUGCAUGAUUUGUAAUUCUAUUUUUGUACAAGCAAUGUUUUAUUUUGUGUCCGUACCAAUAAAUCUGGAUUUGUAUAUAAAAAAAAA